GGUGUGAUGAUCUACUUUGACAGAAUUGAAGUGGUAAACUUCCUGGUCCCUAAUGCAGUGUAUGACAUAGUGAAGAACUACACUGCAGACUAUGACAAGGCUCUCAUCUUCAAUAAGAUCCACCAUGAACUGAACCAGUUCUGUAGCGUCCAUACACUUCAAGAGGUCUACAUUGAGCUGUUUGAUCAGAUUGAUGAAAAUCUCAAACUGGCUUUGCAACAGGACCUAACCUCCAUGGCUCCUGGGCUUGUCAUCCAAGCUGUGCGAGUGACAAAGCCCAAUAUUCCUGAGGCAAUCCGCAGAAACUAUGAGUUGAUGGAAAGCGAGAAGACAAAGCUUCUCAUUGCAGCCCAGAAACAGAAGGUGGUGGAGAAGGAAGCUGAGACAGAGCGGAAGAAGGCCCUCAUUGAGGCAGAAAAAGUGGCUCAAGUUGCAGAAAUCACCUAUGGGCAAAAGGUGAUGGAGAAGGAGACUGAGAAGAAGAUUUCAGAAAUUGAAGAUGCUGCAUUUCUGGCCCGGGAGAAGGCAAAGGCUGAUGCUGAGUGCUAUACUGCUAUGAAAAUAGCCGAAGCAAAUAAGCUGAAGCUGACCCCUGAAUAUCUGCAGCUGAUGAAGUACAAGGCAAUUGCUUCCAACAGCAAGAUUUACUUUGGCAAAGACAUCCCUAACAUGUUUGUAGACUCUGCAGGCAGCCUGAGCAAGCAGUUUGAAGGGCUAGCUGACAAGCUGAGUCUUGGCUUAGAAGAGGAACCCUUGGAGGUGGCCACUGAGGGAAACUGAAAAUGUUUUUAUACAACCUCAGGUGACACUUGAAAAAUCUUUAUUUUUUAAUGAUGAACCAGAAUGCUCCCUCCCUCCCACAUGACCGUCUUUGACUCUCUUCAGGGUACUGUGGUGAAAAAAUAAGAAGUGGACUUAAAACUACUCCUCUUCCUGGUAAUGGAGUGGGUGGCCAAUUUAUGAUUUGGAAUUGUAUUCAGGUGAAUAGGUUAUUUAACUUCUGAUAAGAUAAGACUUUUGAACCAUAGGUUUGACCUUGGAUCUCUAGGCACUAAUUAUGACCCUCUAAAGUUGGCUUACUUAGAGAUGUUAUCAUUAAGAAAUGGGGGAGAUGUAGGAUGUUGCCUCCAGGUGAUUAGAUUUCCUUUAUUUGGGAAAAUGUGGUCCAAUUUUCUCACCCCUGCCUCCAAGGUGGGAGGUGUCUGUGAGUGAGGCUCGGAAACUGAGCAAAAAUACGUGUUUGUACAUUUGCCAGUGCAGCUGUGGAGAAACAGCUGCCGGGUAUGUUAGACUUCCCUG